AUGGGCAAAACUCAAAAUCCCUUCUUGUUUUAUAGCAGUACUACUGUACUCGUCCCUUUCCACCCACCAUGCUCCAUACUUGUAUCAUUUCCCAGGCCAAGCCCUUAUAAAUGCAUGAACUCCCACUCGUCUCCUAUUGAUAAGCUUGAAUGGCAGCAGAUUCAAGAGGAACGACAGUGAUGUGCAUGCCAAGGCAAUGGCAAGACAGGGAGACUAGUCCCGAGAGAAACAAAAUCUGGUUUGAGCCAAAGCCCAAGGCUACUGAGCAAAAAGUUCCCGUCGUUUACUACCUCUCUCGGAAUGGCCAGCUUGAGCAUCCUCAUUUCAUGGAGGUCCUUCUCUCUUCACCCAAAGGACUCUAUCUUAGAGAUGUGAUGAACAGACUAAAUUUUCUUCGAGGACAAGGCAUGGCCGAUUUGUAUUCUUGGUCUUCAAAACGGAGCUACAGAAAUGGAUUUGUGUGGCAAGACUUGUCCAAGAACGAAUUCAUCUACCCAUGUCACGGCCAUGAAUACGUUCUCAAAGGCUCUCGACUCCUAGAAACUUCUUUGAGCUUUCGAUCCUAUGAAACAGCAGUAUCAUCAUCAACCUCAAACAUUUCCUCGGAGACAAACAGUUCCAGUGUAGAUUCCAAUAUUGCCCCUGUCAUUCCCAGGAAAAAGAAUCAGUCAUGGGGUUCAUAUGACGACCUUCGUGAAUAUCAGGUUUACAAGGCCAAAACUGUCGGAGAGUUUGCCGGAAAAGCCGCUAAUGCAGCGACACAGACUGAGGAUAAGGGGAGGCAAAAAAGAGGGAAAGAUAGUGAAGAAGCUGAAGAUCAGUGUGAAGGGAGUACUGCCAUAACUGGGCUGAGUAGAGAAGAGGAUUCUUUAGCAUUUUCAAAGUCUUUGCAGAGGUCCAUGAAGGUUGAUGGGUCAGCUGAUACAGGAAAUCAAACGGUGGAGAGUGAUCGUCCCGGUGGGGGGAUGAAGCCGUCUACGUUUCUGAUGCAGUUGAUCAGGUGUGGAUCAAGAAGGAUCAGAGAUUCUGAGUUAACAGCAAGUAAGGAUUGAGGGUGUGAUACAUAUACAGGACAAGAUGUAUACAAAUGAUUUGUGGUGCCAUGUAUGGAAUCUGAUAUUGAACUCGCGCGAGAUGAUACGUUAAGAAUAAGUUAGAAUAAUUCUACAUGUCAUAUAAAUAAUCAUCAAAUUAUAAAAGUUACCUCAUUAUUUGAUAAA